AUGUGAAAGGACCCGAAGGACCGUUGUUCUCAUCUGCAUCUCAGUGCAGGUUCCAGCAACAACAGCCACAACAGCAAACCACUGCAAGACCUCAGCACCAGUACGUCCAACCAACUACACAUCAAAUACAACCAGAGGAUGGCGUUUUGGAUCCAAUCGAGUGCUUUAGCCGAUGCGACCCGAUGAACGCACCGCCGCAAUACCAGACACGUGACCAUCCAGAGUAUUCAGCAUACACGAGACAGCCUUACUCAUCCGUUGAUACCAACACUCAUACCUUGGAACAACUCAAAGUAAAUCUUGACGAAAACGAAACUUCUGAUAGUUCAAGCACGAUUUCCCCAAACUCCGAUCUGUCAAAUUUUGAACCGUUUCCACCAUCAUCUGACUGGUACCCACAUACCUUCGAAACAUAUCCUUGUUCGCCAUCGUUUCAAACUGACCUUACUUUGCAACAAGCACAACAUUCUCCAUCAAAACGAGUUGCGGUCGAUGAUCUUCCUAGGUGCUCCCGUCAGUACCAAUCGUGUGGCCCUUCAUACUGCGCCAAUUUACAACAUUCUGCGAGAGAAUCGUACUGCAGAACAUACAGUGUUGAUGGGAACAACAAUGCGCCACAAUGUUAUAUGCCAAGACAGAUAUACACUCAACGAAAACCAAAAAGAGCUGCCGGCAAGAGCAAGCGACUUUGGGAAUUCGUUCGCCAAUUAUUGCUGUGUAAGAAAUAUACCAAGUACAUCCAAUGGGAAGACAAACACAAGGGAAUAUUCAAAAUCAAACGUUCUUCUAAGGUGGCAGAACUUUGGGGAGCAUACAAGGAAAACCCUAAGAUGAAUUAUGAAAAGUUUAGCAGAGCACUGAGGCACUACUAUAAAACCAACGUGUUUAUCCGGCACGAGCAUCGUCUAACCUACCAGUUUGGGCCCAAGUCGAAGGGAUGGAGACAAGGUGAAGUUACAUCGUGUGAGCCUCCAUUGUUUCACGACAAGCAUUCCGCUAAGUGUGGUUAUGAAUAAUCUGGACCAGUGUGAGUCUAAACAUGGUUGGACCAAUGACGACAUUGUAAUCAAAUAAUGAGCUCACCUUAAGUAAAUGAACAAACCGCAAAACGCACUGCUGUGAUAGGACCAAAUUGACGGGUGAUGACAAUCUCCGAGGACUUCACUGUCUGUAGGACGAACUAUCAAUAAAUUAAUUGCUAUGUUUAUCCCAUGAUUAUUUCAAUAAUAGUGGAAACCGAUUUUUUGAUUAAAAAUGUAAUCACUUCAUGCAAAUGCGUUUAUUAACAAAAAUACUUUGCACACAGGUGGAGAUUAUCAUUUUCAAAAUUUCAAAUAUCAUGAAACUACUAAUUUCAGAUUAAUCAUGUGAUGAAUGGUAAAUUUUAUUCAAUACUACGUUUGAGCUCACAGGCAAUUUAUAGUGAUACUGCUGUUAAAUACUUAACAGUGCACACAUACACUGUACUCUGCUACAAAAUGGACGAAACCCACCAGGAUAUCUUGUAAUUUUUACGUGAAUUAAUAGCUUUUAUAUUUUUAUAAUAUGUACAUAUAUUUUUUAGUUUUGAUCAAUGAUGAAACGUGUUUCUGCACUAUCGAAUAAGGGGGGGGGGAUGUAGCAGAGUUAAUGUACUUUGUUGAUGAGAGCAUAUAUACGAGUAGUAUAUGAUUUCACAUACAUACUAUAUAAAUUGUUUAUAAAUAUUGUUACAUGUAUAUACUAAGACCAGAACCGGUGAAUACCAUUUGCUGUGGACAUUGUUAAACAAUGUGUGUUAUCAUAAUUGGACAUUUGUUAAAAUUUAAAAUAGUUUAUUCAAUACGUUCGAAACGUACGCCAAUCAACAUAAUGCCUAAAAGCGUGCUUUAUUGCAUUGGGGAGGAUUUGGGAUCCAGAAAAUGGGACAUCUAGCAAAAUGUUCCAAUUAUUUUCGUCUUGUUCUAAAAUAUGUAUUGCCAAACUUAUGAAUGCUUUCUUGCUUUACAUAUAAUUUUAUAGCUUGCUUUUUAUACGCAUAACUUUUUAUAAUUAGUUACGUGUAUUGAAAAUAAAUAUAUUUACAAACAAGA